AUGAGCCACGACGCGCAGGAGAAGCCCGACCACGCGCUGCAGCUCGACUUCGUGUACGGGUAUCGCGCGCACGACUCGCGGCAUAACCUCAUGUACAACGUCGACGGUCUCAUCGUGUAUCCAGCGGGCGCGACCGGGAUCGCGUACGACAGCGCGGAGCACACGCAGCAGUUCUUCACGACGCACACGGACGACAUCGUGUGCCUCGCGAUGCACCCGGAGCGAGAGAUCAUCGCGACCGGACAGGUCGGCAAGGAGCCGACGAUCUGCGUGUGGAACAGCGUGACGUGCGAGCUCUUGAGCGAGAUCAAAGGGUUCCACCAGCGCGCGGUGACGUCGUUAUCGUUCGACGCCACGGGGCGUUUCCUCGCGUCCGUGGGGAUGGACGACGACCACUCCAUCGCGGUGUACGACUGGGCGUCGCGGAGGAUGCUCGCGAACAGCCGCGGGGACGAGAGGAGGGUGUUCAACUGCGAGUACAACCCGUACGACGGCAGGUUAGUCACCGGCGGCGUGAAGCACUUGAAGUUCUGGGUCAUGGAGGGCGGGUACCUCGUCGGGAAGAACGGCGUGUACGGUCGAGUCGGACAAGUCAGCACGACGCUCUCGAUCGCGUUCCACAGCGACGGAAGCACGCUGACGGGUACGCAAGGCGGCAUCAUCUAUCAGUGGGCGGACGGCGGCGAGCAGUGCAUUCAACGCUACGACGCCGUGCACCAAGGCCCGAUACACGACAUGUUCGUCACGAACGAUUACAUCAUAACAGGCGGUAAGGACGGCAAGGUGCACUUCUUCACGCAGUACGUCGAGAAAGUCUUCACGAUCGACAUGGCGAAAGUCGUGGAGACGAUCACGGAUCUGCAAGGGAAGCCGUUGUGUUGCUACGACGGCCGAGCGCCGUGCGUGAAGAGCAUCUGCAUGGAAGGGACGCAGCUGCUCGUUGGCACGCGCGGGUCCGAGAUUUUCGAGUUCGACCUGAGCACGGAGGACUCGUGGAAGGUGAACAGGCGGAUCAUCACGCAAGGCCACGCCGGGGCGAUCGACGAGACGAAGAGAGUGAACACGUCCGAGCUCUGGGGACUCACGACGCAUCCGUUUCUGCCGCAGUUUGUCACCGCGGGGGACGAUAAGACGCUGCGGGUGUACGACAUGUACCAACGCCGGCAGAUCGCGGUGAGGAACAUCAGCAGUAAAGCGCGCAGCGCGGCGUACUCCCCGGACGGGAAGCACAUCGCCGCGGGUUUUUUCGGCGGCGGGUUCAUCGUGUUCGAGACGACGACGGGGAACGAAGUCAUCGCGAAGAAGCACCGACGAGAGGAAAUUUCCGACGUGAAGUUCUCCCCGAACGGCCGUGGGCUCGCCGUGGGGUCGCACGAUAACUUCAUCGACGUGUACGACACCACGCGCGGGUACAAGCGCGCGGGCGUGUGCAAAGGGCACAGCAGCUACAUCACGCACAUCGACUGGAGCGAAGAUAGUCGAUUUCUGCAGUCGAACAGCGGCGAUUACGAGCUUCUGCACUGGGAGGUCCCCGGGUGCGAACAGAUUCGGUUCCCGGCCGCGCUUCGGGACACGAAGUGGGACACGUGGACGUGUACGCUAGGCUGGCCGGUGCAAGGAAUCUGGCCGAAGCACGCGGACGGGACGGACGUCAACGCGUGCUGCAGGUCGUUCGACGGUCAAGUCGUCGCGACCGCGGAUGAUUUCGGAUUGAUUAAACUUUUCCGAUACCCGAGCGACGUCGGGCGCGCGGAUUACCACGGAUACUUGGGUCACAGCACGCACGCGACGAACGCGCGUUUCAGUUACAACGACGAGUUCUUAAUAACCACGGGCGGUCACGACCGGUGCGCGUUCCAGUGGCGGCACUACGAAGCCGACGAAGGCGACGAGGAGAUGACUUCCGAGGUUGAAGACGAAGUCCUCACCGCGGUCGAGGACUACGAGGACUUCUCGAAGACGAACCAGGUCGUGGAGAUGGUCAUGACCGGGCACGUCUCCGGGGUGCCGCAGUACAUGCCGUUGUCGAUGCUAGACGCGAAACCGAGCCGGGAUAUCCCGCAAGGCACGGGGUUAGACCCCGGGUCGAGGCUCGCGUUUUUGCCGUGCGCGCAGUCGAUAUUCGCCCCGGACGGGUACCUUCGCGAACCGGACGCGCUCGCGCCGUGCAUGGAAGCCGUCGAGCUCGAGUUCGUGCACGGAUACCGCGCGCACGACUGCAGGGAUAACUUAUUCUACAGCGCGAAAGGCGAGGUCGUGUAUCACACCGCCGCGAUCGGGAUCGUGUACAACCGCGAGUCGAACACGCAAAACUUUCUCGUGGAUAACCCAACGGCGGAGGGAACGACCGGGCACACAGACGACAUCUUGUGCUUAGCGCGUCACCCGAACGGGAACAUCUACGCCUCGGGCGAGGUCGGUAGGAACCCGAAGCUCAUCGUGUGGACGACGGAAGACCCUCGGAAGCCGCUCGCGGUGCUGCAGGGCUUUUUGAAGAAAGCGAUCGUGAGCUGCACGUUUUCGCGCGACGGGACGCUGAUUUGCGCCGUCGGCGCGGAUUCGCAUCACUCGCUCGUGAUUUACCGCUGGCAAACCGGGCAGAUGCUGACGUCGUCGAAAGGCAGCGCGGAGAAGAUCGUCUCCGUCGCGUGGUCGCCGUAUCAAGACUACGUCGUGACGUGCGGGGUGAAGCACCUGAUGUUUUGGAGCACGCAGCCGUUCGAGCCGCGCAAGGCGCUGUUCAACCGCAGAGGGAAGAUUCAGACGAUGCUGUGCUCGUGCUUUCCCGGCCCGGACACGACCGUGGUCGGCACGCAGGACGGGAGUCUGUAUUUGUUCAAAGGGUAUCAGCUCGCGACGAACAUGCGAAAGUGCCAUCAAGUCACGCACGCUGUGCACGCGACGCGCGACGUCGUCGUCUCCGGCGGUAAGGAAGGGAAGGUGAAAUUCUGGACGAUCGACCUCUCGCAGUGCCUGCGCGAGGUGCAAAUCAACCACCCGCAGGCGUUGUCGUCCUGCAUAAAAGCGAUGCACCUCAUGGGGAGCAUGAUGGUGAUCGGCAUGAGGACCGGGGAGGUGUACGAGAUGGACACGACGUCGUACGAUUUCACGCUGUUGCUUCAAGGGCACGGGUACGGAACGAUAUGGGGCCUCGCGACGCACCCGGGGGAGCACCAGAUGUGCACGGUGGGCGACGACUGCACGGUAAGAAUUUGGGACGUCGCGUCGAGACGGAUGGUAAUGGUCCGCGACCUGGGGGCGAAAGGACGGUCGGUCGCGUACCACCCGGACGGGAGCCAAAUAGCGAUAGGGCUCGCGGGCGGGGGGGUAGUCCUCGUCAGCUCGGACUCGCUCGAUACGAUGCACACGAAGAAGGACCGCGAGGAGCCGAUUCACGAGCUGAAAUUUUCCCCGAGCGGGCAAUACUUAGCCGUCGGUUCGCACGAUAACUACAUCGACGUGUACGACGUGAGCAAAGGGUACGGCCGCAUGGGCGUCGCGAAAGGACACGCGUCGUACAUUCGACACUUGGACUGGUCCGGAGACAGCACGGUGUUACAGAGCAACAGCGGCGACUUCGAGCUUCUGUUCUGGGAAAUGCCGAGCGGGAAACAGAUUAAAUUCGCGUCCGACGCGCGGAACAUCGACUGGAGCACGUGGACCUGCGCCGCUGGCUGGCCGGUUCAGGGCAUCUUGCCUCGGUACAGCAUGGGGACGGACGUCCUGAGCUGCGACCGGUCGCACACGCGGACGGUCGUCGCGUCCGGGGACGAGUUCGGGACGAUCAACUUGUACCAAUACCCCGCGCAUAAAGGCUGCGCGGGGCGGACGUUCGGCGGGCACUCGAGCAAAGUCACGGGCGUGCGGUUCAUGUUCGACGACACGUACCUCAUCAGCGUCGGCGCGGACAUGACGCUGUGCCAGUGGAAGAUCGUUUUGUAA